AAAAAAAACAUAACUCAUAAAUUGAUGAGGUAAUUAUUAUUAUUUUUAUCUCGAAACAUUCAAAUACAACAAAGACAUUAACUGUUCACUGCAUGUUAUAUCUAGUCCACAUACAUAUAUAUAUAUAUAUAUAUAUAUUCAAUUCAAGAGCGUCAACAGGGCCAUGGCAUAGUUGGUAGUAUAUAUACACACAUAUAUAUAUAAUAAAUAUAAAAACAUAUAUAUCUACACACAUAUAUAUGCAUAUAUAAACACAUAUAUACAUAUACACACAUAUACAGACAUAUAUAUGCACACACAUAAAUAGAUACACAUAUAUAUAUAUAUAUACACAUGGUUUGUUUGUUUGCUGUUUGUACAUGCUAUUGCCACUGUUGACCAUAUCUGCAUUUCUCUGAUGUUUGGUUGAUGGUUUCCUGCUUUGACCUCUCAGGUCAGAUGUAAGAUACAUGUUGCCCCAGGGCCUCUGUGCAAUGACUUUAAAGUUGAAUCUGAAUAUAUAUAUACACAAACAUAAAUACACUUAUAUACAUAGAGGCUUUUCGUAUUGUUGUUUACAUACAUUGGCUGCUGUGAGGCCCAAUCCGAAGCUGAUCAGCUGUUCAUCGAUCACACAUCUCUGUUUUUAUUUCUCGUGAAGAUUGACGCCUCCUGACGGCGGUCUGACGCGUCACGUACUCCGACUCAUCGUCCAAUCAGAAACGACGCUCUGUUCCGUUUCAUUUGAGUGACGGAGCUUCCUGCCAACGGCGGUGCGCCUGCGCAGGUAGCAGGGUUGUGGGGGGCGGGGCUAGGCAUCGCUCGGAACACAGCGGAAGAAAAUGGCGGCCGUGGCUGCAGAGCCAGCAGCUGCAGCGGUUCCGAGUACAAAAAUAACCGCGGAGACGGACGAUGAAGGCUCGGCAGAACCGGGUCCUCUUGGUCUGGGAUUCCCAGGAGCCCUGCUGGAGACUGGCCCGGCCGUGGAGACGGUCGUCCGCCCGGGGGAGGGCGGUGGGGAAGAGCGCCGCCAUGUCAGGCCGGAGUCCGCGGCGGGAAACGCGCUCUCCGAUGGCCCCGGUAGCGACGACCGGACCGGUACUGGCCCUAUGGACCGCUUCAGUCCCGGGGUUCCGAUAGACUCAGAGGGCGUUUACCGCAGCACCCUGGCGGACCCGCAGCCCGCAGCCGUGUUUCUGCACUCUGUACCGGAUCCCCCCCCCCUCACCGAGGCCGGCUUGUCUCUAGCGGAACCGGCGGAGCCGGACCGGGCCGAGACUGCGGACAGAGAACGGAGUUACAGAGUCCAACCGGAGUUAAGGCAAACGGUCCCAGCGACCGAGGAGCUCCCAGGCCUGCGGGACUCCUCCCCGAGGAGCCGGCUGAUGACGGAGAGACCCACCGGAGAGGACUCCUCUCGACCGGAACCCGGUCUCGCCUCCGAACAGGAUUUGAGUCCAGGGUCUGAAGUCCGGGUCUCCCUGGACCACGUCAUCGAUGACGCGCUGGUGGUGUCCUUCCGGGUGGGGGAGCAGCUGUUCUCCGGGGUGCUGAUGGAUGUCUCCAGAAGGUUCGGCCCGUACGGGAUCCCCAUCACGGUGUUCCCCAGACGAGAUGACCAGAGUCGCCCUGUGCAGUCACCGCCGGCGGCCAUGGUUGUCCCGCCCAGCCUACAGGAAGGUGUACCUGUGACUCCGCCCCCCCCCUGGACCUCCAAGCCGCCGCCUCUGUUCCAGGACGGGGCGCCGUACCCGCCUCCCCUGUUCAUCAGGGACACCUACAACCAGGCCUUACCUCAGCCGCUGCCACGCAAGAUCAAACGGCCAAAGCGGCGCUACCGCUCUGAGGAGCCAACCUCCAUCAUGAACGCCAUCAAGCUCCGCCCCCGCCAGGUGCUCUGCGACAAGUGCAAAGGUGUGGUGGCGUCCAGCGGCCACAGGGAGUCCCGGCGAGGCCCGGGGGAUCUGAGGGGCGACGAGGCGUCGCGGCUGCGCCGGCGACCGGCCGAAGGACCGAUAUCCUCCGAGGUCAAGCGGCUGAGAAGUGACGACAAGAGAGGACGUUCUGCCGCGGACAGACGCUCGUCUUCUUCAGGGAUACGCGUGUCCUCUUCAUCGUCCUCUCAACGUGUGCUUAGGGGCGUGGCCUCAUCUUCAUCCUCACCGUCAUCCAGCAGCAUGUGUCUGAAGCUGAACCCGAAGAAGGUUCUGUCCAAAGGUUCCACCGUCGACUGCUCCGAAGCGCCGCAGGUUCUUCAGAAGCUGGCGAGGACCCAAAGACCCAAAGACCAGGAUCAGGACCAGAACCAGGACCGCUCCAAGGCCGUGACGCGGGCAGCGGCACUGCAGAACCACAACCAGAAGGUGCACUUCACGCGCCGCCUGCAGCAUCUGGGCGGCGCCGCCGUCGGCUCCCUCGUGGCGCUUCCCCCCCGGAUGCGCCUCAAACCCCAAAGGUACCGUACCGACGACAGCCAGGCGUCCUCUCCCUCGCCGUCCUCUUCCUCGCCGCCCCCCAAACAAAGCGCUCGCUCAUCGCCUCCCAAACUUACUUCAGGCCCCGAUCCAGAAUCGCCCCAAGACCCGUCACUGGACACGCCCCAGAACCUGUCCGAAGCCCCGCCCCCGACCACGGCGCGUCCUCCAACGCCCCCCUCCACCUCCUGCGCCUCCAGUUUGGGGGAGGAGGAGGCUGAGAAGAGAGGGGGAGAAGAAGAUGGGGAGGUCGUAGAGGCUCCUCCCCCCUGCUCCUCCUACUCCUCCUUGGACUCCUCCCACUCAGAGUGCAGCUCCACAGAGACCUUUGACCUCCUCCCUCCAGGAGAUCCGCCCUCCUCCGUGUUGGGGCCUCUGUGUCCCUCCUCUUCCUCUCCCUCUACCCCCCCGCCCCGAGCCGAUGGCGAGGAGGAGCAGGCCGGCGGUGAGGAAGACCAAGAGGAUGAAGGUGAACCGAAGAGGCGUCGCAAGUCUUCCACUUCCUCUUCGUCCUCCUCGUCCUCCUCGUCCUCGUCCGUCUUCUCCAAGCUGGUGUCCAAGUGCUCGCUCCCCGACGGCCGCAUGGUCUGCGUGGGCGACAUCGUCUGGGCGAAGAUCUACGGCUUCCCGUGGUGGCCGGCGAGCGUGCUGGGCAUCACGGUGUCGCGGCGAGGCGACACCGGGCUGGCGCUGCGGCAGGAGGCGCGCGUCUCCUGGUUCGGCUCGCCCACCACCUCCUUCCUGCCCCUCGCCCAGCUGGCCCCCUUCCUGGAGAGCUUCCAGUCGCGCUUCGACAGGAAGAGGAAGGGGCCGUACCGCCGCGCCAUCGCCGAGGCCGCCAGCGCCGCCAAGCAGCUCACACCGGAAGUGCGGGCGCUGCUCACCCAGUUCGAGACGUAGCAUCAGCUGCUCCGCCUCCCUCCCUGCCCCCGAAACACAGGCCCCGCCCCUCUGCCCCGCCUAUUGAGGAAUUGGGAGGAGCUUGUCCUCGGUUACCCGUCCAGCAGAGACGGCGAGCGGCAGACGAUGCUCACGCUUCCUGUUCUGGGAGCAGGGGGCGGGGCUUGGUAUUUACUUGUCAGUGGGCGGGGCUUUUCUCUGGUCGCCUCCCCCUCUCCACACAGGUCCUCAGUUUCAGGUGUUGCUGUAUUCACACUCCGAGCUCAUUGAGCGGUCGUGUGCCUCACCUGAUGAUGUCAUCGUGAUGUCAUCAGACAACAGUUGUAAAGAUAAACACCGAAUGAGCCGCGUGCUGAGGCGCGUCAAACUGAGGCCGGGGGUCUCAAACGGGGUCCAGAGCUGAGUCCCAGGGUCGGGUGGAUCAGCUGAUGAACAUGCUCUCUGAUUGGUCCCCGUAGUCCAUGACAUCAGGUCUCUGUAGUCCUGUAUGGGAUCAGGUCUCUGUAGUCCUGUAUGGGAUCAGGUCUCUGUAGUCCUGUAUCUGAUCAGGUCUCUGUAGUCCUGUAUGGGAUCAGGUCUCUGUAGUCCUGUAUGGGAUCAGGUCUCUGUAGUCCUGUAUGGGAUCAGGUCUUUGUAGUCCUGUAUCUGAUCAGGUCUCUGUAGUCCUGUAUGGGAUCAGGUCUCUGUAGUCCUGUAUCUGAUCAGGUCUCUGUAGUCCUGUAUCUGAUCAGGUCUCUGUAGUCCGGUAUCUGAUCAGGUCUCUGUAGUCCUGUAUGGGAUCAGGUCUCUGUAGUCCGGUAUCUGAUCAGGUCUCUGUAGUCCUGUAUCUGAUCAGGUCUCUGUAGUCCGGUAUCUGAUCAGGUCUCUGUAGUCCUGUAUCUGAUCAGGUCUCUGUAGUCCUGUAUCUGAUCAGGUCUCUGUAGUCCUGUAUGGGAUCAGGUCUCUGUAGUCCUGUAUCUGAUCAGGUCUCUGUAGUCCUGUAUCUGAUCAGGUCUCUGUAGUUCUGUAUGGGAUCAGGUCUCUGUAGUUCUGUAUGGGAUCAGGUCUCUGUAGUCCGGUAUCUGAUCAGGUCUCUGUAGUCCUGUAUCUGAUCAGGUCUCUGUAGUCCUGUAUGGGAUCAGGUCUCUGUAGUCCUGUAUCUGAUCAGGUCUCUGUAGUCCUAUAUCUGAUCAGGUCUCUGUAGUUCUGUAUGGGAUCAGGUCUCUGUAGUCCUGUAUCUGAUCAGGUCUCUGUAGUCCUGUAUGGGAUCAGGUCUCUGUAGUCCUGUAUCUGAUCAGGUCUCUGUAGUCCUGUAUCUGAUCAGGUCUCUGUAGUCCGGUAUCUGAUCAGGUCUCUGUAGUCCUGUAUCUGAUCAGGUCUCUGUAGUCCUGUAUCUGAUCAGGUCUCUGUAGUCCUGUAUCUGAUCAG